CUAUCUACUAGUCUCUCCACUGCCUCGUUCUGUAUCUGUUAGCGGCCUGUCCUUUGCCGGUUCAGAUUGCUGCGUUCAGCGCUGUGCUUUCGGAGCUCUAGAUCAUAGCACUGGUGUUGAAGCUUAAGUAGCAGUACCAUGUUAUUCUUCUCACUGUUCAAGACGUUGGUGGGCAAGGAGGUGACGGUGGAGCUCAAGAAUGACUUGUGUAUUAGCGGCGCGCUGCACAGCGUGGACCAGUACCUGAACAUUAAGCUCACCAACACGCGCGUGCACAACGAGCAGAAGUACCCGCACAUGAUGUCUGUGCGCAACUGCUUCAUUCGUGGCUCCGUCGUGCGUUACGUCCACCUACCACCCGGGGCCGUGGACGUGGAGGUGCUUCACGACGCCACGCGGCGCGAGGCUCGCGGUGGUUAAAAACAAGUGCAGCUUUGUAACGUUGGAUGCCGCUAGGGUGGCCUCGGGUUUAGGCCACAGCCACAUGCUGUGUGCCUUAUGCCCUAGGACAUAAUGACUUCUGACGGACUGACGCAAGUGGUGACAGGACUCAAUAGUUGCCUGCGCGAGUGCCAUUGUGGCACGCCCACAAUAUGACGGUACACAAGCAGUACUUAACGCGCGUUGCCGACGGCGCAAGCGCAGCUGGCGUUGAGGGAAGCUCAUGCGUCAGCUUUCGGGGCGGCGGCUCCCCCGCCCCAGCUGGAUUUGAGUAGGAGCUGGUUUUUGAUAUCUGUGUUGGCUCGUUGGAGCUCGGCCACUUCCCGCUUGAGUGAUUGGAUGCUGGCCUUGCACGUCUGGAUUUCCUGCUCAGCGGCCUGGCAGCGCGCCUCGGCCUGUUAGGGUUGGUGACGCAUGGCGACAGUGGUGCUCAGGAACGAGCAACGACAUGAAAGCAGAAACCACCAGUCUAGAGGGG